GCUGCCUACCCGGGCGCGUGUCAGAGACCUGCGCGCUACUUGUCGCAGAAAGGAAAGAACUCUGCCGCCAUGCCAUCAGAUCUUGCUAAGAAGAAGGCUGCCAAGAAGAAGGAGGCCGCUAAAGCUCGACAGCGUGCAAAAAAGCAUGACGAGGUGAACGGAGAUGGAGAGCUUCAAGAUGACCCAGUGAAUGAUGCAGAAACUAAUGGAGAUGCGAAUGGAGAUGUUGCCGCUUUGUCCAAGGAGCUGGACGAGUUUGAGAUGCGUAAGACAGAGGCACGGGCAGUAACAGGUGUUUUGGCUUCCCACCCCAACAGCACAGAUGUUCACAUCAGCAGUCUGUCUCUCACCUUUCAUGGACAAGAGUUACUGAGUGACACGAGCCUGGAGCUCAACUCUGGCAGGCGCUACGGCCUCAUUGGUCUCAAUGGCACAGGUAAGUCAAUGCUGCUGUCUGCCAUUGGCCACCGAGAAGUUCCCAUCCCAGAACACAUUGACAUCUUCCAUCUGACGCGUGAGAUGGCCCCUAGUGAGAAAACGGCGCUGCAGUGUGUUAUGGAGGUUGAUGAAGAGAGGAUAAAGCUUGAGAAGGAGGCUGAGCGACUGGCUCAUGAGGAUUCAGAGUGUGAAAAGCUGAUGGAGAUCUAUGAGCGUUUAGAGGAGUUGGACGCAGACAAAGCUGAAGUUCGAGCUUCACGAAUCCUCUUUGGACUCGGUUUCACCCCUGCUAUGCAGCGAAAGAAACUGAAAGACUUCAGUGGAGGCUGGAGAAUGCGUGUGUCACUUGCCAGAGCCCUUUUCAUAAAGCCCUUCAUGCUGUUGUUAGAUGAACCCACUAACCACCUGGAUCUGGAUGCCUGUGUGUGGCUAGAAGAAGAACUGAAGUCUUUUAAGCGAAUUCUUGUACUCAUCUCACAUUCUCAAGACUUUCUCAAUGGUGUGUGCACAAACAUCAUUCAUCUCCACCAGAGGAAGCUCAAGUACUACACUGGGAACUAUGACCAGUAUGUAAAGACCAGGGAGGAGCUGGAGGAAAACCAGAUGAAGCGGUACAACUGGGAGCAGGACCAGAUAGCUCACAUGAAGAAUUAUAUUGCCCGUUUUGGUCAUGGUUCUGCAAAGCUAGCUCGCCAAGCUCAAAGCAAAGAAAAAACACUGCAGAAAAUGGUAGCCUCUGGCCUAACAGCUCGAGUGAUGAAUGAUAAGACUUUGUCAUUUUAUUUUCCUCCUUGUGGGACAAUUCCUCCUCCUGUCAUCAUGGUGCAGAAUGUCAGCUUCAGAUACUCCAGUGACACCCAAAUUAUUUAUAAGAACUUGGAGUUUGGCAUUGACUUGGACACACGGGUUGCACUUGUUGGUCCCAAUGGGGCGGGGAAGUCCACACUUCUCAAGCUGCUGAUGGGAGAGCUUCUCCCUACAGAUGGAAUGAUAAGGAAACACUCACAUGUCAAGAUUGGCAGGUAUCACCAGCAUCUGACUGAGCAGCUGGAGCUCGAUCUGUCUCCUCUGGAGUACAUGAUGAAGUGCUUCCCAGAAAUCAAAGAGAAGGAGGAGAUGAGGAAGAUCAUUGGAUGUUAUGGCCUGACAGGGAAGCAGCAGGUCAGUCCCAUCAGGAACUUGUCUGAUGGCCAGAAGUGCCGGGUGUGUUUCGCCUGGCUAGCAUGGCAGAAUCCACACAUGCUGUUUCUGGAUGAGCCAACCAAUCACUUGGACAUAGAGACUAUUGAUGCACUGGCUGAGGCCAUCAAUGAAUUUGAGGGAGGAAUGAUGCUGGUUAGCCACGACUUCAGACUUAUUCAGCAGGUGGCUCAGGAAAUUUGGGUCUGUGAAAAGCAAACCAUCACCAAGUGGAAAGGAGACAUUUUAGCUUACAAAGAGCACUUGAAAUCAAAAAUUGACAAACAGACUCACGAUAUAUAAAGAUUGGAAAAAGAAUUACCAAGGACUGACUUUCCUCCUAUUUCCCAAAGGUGCUUGACCGAAGGAUCAUUGAGAACUUCUCAAGAGCAAUUGUUCUCUGGUUAUAUCUUCUAACGCAUCUCUUAGAUUUCCCAGCAUCAGAGCGUCUGUUUUCUUUUAAUAUUGUAAAGGCAAUAAUGGUUCACUGAAACAAAUGCAGAACAUCAUAAUAACAUCAGCAUUAUCAUUCAGGAAAAAACUCUAAUUAUGCAACAUCAACUCUUAACAUCAGCAUCCCUACCAAAACAAUGAAUAGAAACACAAAAUAUUUUACACCAAACAGUGUGAUCUUAAUGUCAGUAAUGC